AUGGCCUCCGCAACCGUCCUCCCCAGCCAAGCCCACGACCCAGCCCCGGUCACCACGCCCUCCCUCCAAACCACAAACAAACCGCACCACGUCAACACAACCCUCAACUUCUUCAAAGACCACGAAGACGGCUCCGCCCCAACACCGAACUACGUCCGCGACACCGAGAGCUACCGCAAGCAGCCCAUCGAGACGGUCCCCGUCACAAUCACCGACGUCAGCGGGCACGAGCUCGACUACACGCUGGACGGGAACGGCUUCCAGUAUUACUACCAUGAGAGCGCGGAGAAGAAAUUCGCGGACGACGAGCAGAUCAAGCGGGUGUAUUAUCCCGAGACGGAGAAGUUGUUGAAGGAUGCAACCGGCGCAUCCAAAGUCUUCAUCUUCGACCACACCAUCCGCCGACAAGCAAACGACAGCCGCACGGGCGUGCAACUCCGCGGCCCCGUGCAGCGCGUCCACAUCGACCAGUCCUACACCGCGUCGAAGAACCGAGUGACACACCACCUGCCCGCCGACGCCGAACACCUCCUAGAAGGGCGGUACCAAAUAAUCAACGUCUGGCGGCCAAUUAAAACAAUCCUGAAGGACCCUCUCGCUGUGGCGGAUGGGAACACCGUGCCGGACUCGGACCUCGUCCCUAUCAAGCUGAUCUACCCGGACCGCGAGGGCGAGACGUAUGGGGUGCGUGCGAAUCCGGAUGUCAGGUGGUAUUAUCGGUAUGGGCAGACGCCGGAUCUGGUGACGCUGAUUAAGUGCUUUGAUUCGAAGGUUGAUGGGCGUGUGAGGAGGGUGCCGCAUAGUGCGUUUGUUAAUCCGGAGACGGUGGAUGAGGCGGCGAGGGAGAGUAUUGAGGUGCGGGCGUUGGUGUUUCAUGAGGAUGAUACUGCCGAGUAG